AACUGCCAAAAUCACGGUGUUCUGGCAAAAAAUUCAUUUCAGUCAUUGCGAGGCUUCCCGAUGAUAAACGAGACGCCAUUAUAGAAAUGGGAUUUGGAGGACUUCUACACUUGGCUUGUCCAGAACUACGCUACGAGUUGUGUUCUUGGAUAAUUUCUAAUUAUGACACUGCCUACCAUCAACUGAAUAUGGCUACCGGCGUUGUUGUCUCGGUAACAGCACAAGAUGUUGACAAUAUUAUGGGCAUCCCAUGUAGUGGUGAGAAGAUUGUGGUGCAUACUAGGAGAGGCACCUCUAAUCGCACCUACACCAUAAGUCUAUUGGAGCAAAAUCUAGAGAACUUAGCCAUUGGUGAUGACUUUAGGAAGACUUUCUUGAUUUUUGCAUGUGCCACCCUACUCGCACCUAACUCCAAGCUUGAAGGAAUACAUGACCUAUGGGACACCAUAUGGGAUGGUGACGUUGGUGUCCAAAAGAAUUGGUCAAAAUUUGUCCUACAUUACAUAGAGGAUGGAAUCAGAGAAUACCAGAAAAACCAGCCAACUUACAUAUGCGGCUGCCUUAUUUUUCUCCAGCUCUUCUACAUGACAAAAUUUUAUUUGCCAUCCGUCACGGUUGAUGUCACUAUGCCAUUACUUGCUGCAUGGAGUGAUGACCUAAUCAAAAGACGGUUAUCAGCUGAAAUUGCCACAUUUGGUGGUUAUGGUCAUGUCCAUACUCAACAACUACCAGAAUCUGCUGCCCACUCCCAUGCACAGGCAGCAGGUGGGCAGUCAUCGGCUUCUGAUGAUGCUACUGAGGUAAUUCAAGCACGUAUGGUAGAAAACUCAGAAAAAUUGUUGAGAUUAGCCUCUUCAUUAGCUGAAGAUGUUGCUGAAUUGCGUUCCCGUCAGUUUGGGUCGCAAUACCGAUGUUCAGCUACUCCAGCCCAGCCUUUAGCCCAAGUCCAAGAUGAACCAGCUCCUACGACAGGCGACAUUCAGCUUUCAGCUGAAGAAUUUGUUGAACAACCCAGCCUACCAUCAGCACCGCAUUCUCCAACUGAAAGACAUGAAUCUGCAUUUGACCAUGGACCCUCAUCGCUACACCAAGAAUCUCAUGACCAAUCCUAUCCUUACCCACACUUGGAAAGUGUAGAAGAUGUCCAAAAUGUUGGCACAAUAGCUACUCACAGCCAUUUAGACAUACCAACCUCAAGUCACAAAUAUAAACGGACGGGUAGGCGGAUUGUGAAAAGGCCUGCCAUUUGUAAAUCUCCAUUUGUUGCACAAUGCCUUAAACUGUUCCCAAAAAUAUCACAUAAGGAUAGGUUGGUAGCUGAUUUUGCUUUGGACGAAGAUGCUGAUCCAGGCGAGGUUGUAUGUGAUAUGCACGGACUGUUUAUUACGAGGACCGAGCUCGCUUCUCUUAAUGAAGGUCGAUGGGUGAACAACAUUGUAAGCUACUAA